UGCGGCUUUUUUACUUCUUCUUUUUCUUCCUUUUCGCAUUUUUUGUUUGUUAUACACAAGUACAAUUUAUUUUAUAUUUCAAUUUACAUUCAAAAACCGCCAUGCUCGCUGACUUGUUAAAAGAGCUGAAGAGGGCCAGGGAGGAGAACAGGGCAAACCAACUGCCCCCGCCAGCACCAAAGCGCGUGGCUGUGUCUGCUGCGGAAACAAAUUCAAUUUACAAUUCAAGAACAGAAAUAACGAAUUUAACUUCUAAUUCUAAUUCUAAUUCGGCAAACGAAAACGCACCAACAUUACCCACCGGCGGUGCUGGCAGUGGUACUGUUGACGACGAUGACCUGCUGGACUAUGAUCUAGGGGAUCUCGACGACAUGCUUGAUGGCUUCAAUCCAGAGGAGGACAACACGCUGGUGGACCAUACACAGGGUUUCCUUGGUUUCCAGCCAGGAAAAAUGCCGGCUAUCAUCCUGCCGUCACAGCCACAGCAAAAGGCGCAGCAGCAAUCUCGAGACCAGUCUGGGUCGCAGUUCUGCAUAUCCGCAGUUGGCAAAUCAUCCGCAGCCGCCACACUUGCGAAAUUCGCAUAUCAAACACCAGUCCGGCCGCAAAACCAGAGGAGCACUGUAAUUACAAGGGAUGUGCAAGGAGCAGCCACCACACUUUCCCAAUACACGUUAACCACACCCGUCGCAACCACCAACGCAAUUGCUACUGCCGCUGCCAUUCCCGGUACAAGUACGCACACAAGCGGUGGCGGCAGCAGCAGCGGCGGGAGCCCUGCCAACAAAAUUGGCGGCCAGGUGAAAACCAUAGAGCGCACCCUCGUCGAGGGCAACCGCCAUGGGGGUUCUGCGAGCUCGCGCAACCGCAAUGAAAUUCCAGGACCUGCUGGGACCAUCAACACCCCGGCGGCAAUCGAACUAAACGAAAUAUGCAUGCCGACCCAGCGCCCAACACCAGCCUUCAAAACCCCACUUUCCCGGCGCACUCGCGCCGAGCAAGCUUCUGAGGCUGACUUUGAGGGCGGCACAUGGGCUGCCAUGGUCGACCACCUUAACCUGCCUGCAUACACGCCGCGAACUGCGAAACGCGUCCAGGACAUGGGUGAAAUUGGCAUGUCAAUUCGCCAGGUGCUGGGUAAAGUGAAGCAGACGCAGAAGGUUUCGAGAAUGCUUGUGCAGAUUCGCGAUGUUGGCACUGGCAGUGAGAUGGAUGCGAGUGCUGUGGUGGUUGAUCCGACAGGCGAGAUGGAGGCAUCGAUACAUGCCGGGGUUUUGCGUGAUUUGGGCAGGGAAUGUACGGCGGGGACAUCGGUUAUCUUGGAUAAUGUCGUUGUUAUGGUCAUGCCCGGUGCGCUGCCGUUUUUGGUCAUCACUAUUGCUGUGGUCAGCCGCGUGUUUACCGUGCAGGUUGGCGGGUCGAGGUGCAACCCUAUUGUGUUGUCCCAGACGCAGCCCCAGAUCCAACAAUCUGAGAUAGGCACUCCGAUAAACGCGCCGCGCAGGAUAAAUGAAAAUAAUGGCAGCAGAAGCAGCGCAGUUGAGGUUGGUUUGCCAGGGGACACUAGGGAUGGCCAGAACGGCCAGAACGACGACAUAUUGGACAUGUUGGACGGCACCGAUGCCCUGGAUGCAUUCGCCGCCGACGACGACAUGUUGGAUAUUCUCGAUUCAUCCAUAUAACUUUACAUCCAAAAUUUCCACUUUAAAUGUUUAA